AUGGCAGAAACUGUUUUUCCACUGAAGCACUUUGUGCUGGUUAAGAAGGCAAUUACAAUAAUCUUUGACCAGUUACUGGAGUUUGUUACUGAAGGAUCACAUUCUGUUGAAGCAACAUACAAGAAUCCAGAACUUGACCGAGUAGCUACUGAGGAUGAUCUGAUAGAAAUACAGAGGUAUAAAAACAAGCUUUCCAUCAUUGGUGAGGUGCUGUCUCGGAGACACAUGAAAGUGGCAUUUUUUGGCAGGACAAGCAGUGGGAAGAGCUCUGUAAUCAAUGCCAUGUUGUGGGAUAAAGUCCUCCCUAGUGGAAUUGGCCAUACAACCAAUUGCUUCCUGAGUGUUGAAGGAACCAAUGGAGAUAAAGCCUAUCUCAUGACAGAAGGGUCAGAUGAAAAAAAGAGUGUGAAGACAGUUAAUCAGCUGGCCCAUGCCCUUCAUAUGGACAAAGACUUGAAAGCUGGCUGUCUUGUACAUGUGUUUUGGCCAAAGGCAAAAUGUGCCCUUUUGAGAGAUGACCUGGUUUUAGUGGACAGUCCAGGUACAGAUGUCACUACAGAGCUGGAUAGCUGGAUUGAUAAGUUUUGCUUAGAUGCUGAUGUUUUCAUUUUGGUUGCAAAUUCUGAAUCAACUCUAAUGAACACGGAAAAACAGUUUUUUCACAAGGUAAAUGAGAGACUUUCCAAGCCUAAUGUUUUUAUUCUGAAUAACCGUUGGGAUGCUUCUGCAUCAGAGCCAGAAUAUAUGGAAGAUGUACGCAGACAACACAUGGAAAGAUGCCUACAUUUCUUGGUGGAGGAGCUCAAAGUUGUGGAUCCUUUAGAAGCAUGCAAUCGUAUCUUUUUUGUUUCCACAAAGGAAGUUCUUAGUGCUAGAAAGCACGAAGCACAGGGCAUGCCAGAAGGUGGUGGGGCACUUGCAGAAGGAUUUCAGGCAAGAUUACAGGAGCUUCAGAAUUUUGAACAAAUCUUUGAGGAGUGUAUCUCGCAGUCAGCAGUGAAAACAAAGUUUGAACAGCACACUAUCAGAGCUAAACAGAUACUAGAAACUGUGAAAAACAUAAUGGAUUCAAUAAAUGUGGCAGCAGCAGAGAAAAGGAUUUAUUCAGUAGAAGAGAGCGAAGACCAAAUUGAUAGAUGGGAUUUUAUCCGAAACCAGAUGAACCUUUUAACACUGGAUGUUAAGAAGAAAAUCAAGGAGGUUACAGAGGAGGUUGCAAAUAAGGUUUCGUGUGCAACGACAGAUGAAAUUUGUCAACUCUCUGUUUUGGUUGAUGAAUUUUGUUCUGAGUUUCAUCCUACUCCAAGUGUAUUGAAAGUAUAUAAAAAUGAGUUAAAUAAGCACAUAGAAGAUGGAAUGGGAAGAAAUUUGGCUGAUCGGUGCACCAGUGAAGUCAACGCUUCAAUGCUUCAAUCCCAGCAAGAAAUUAUUGAAAAUUUGAAGCCAUUACUUCCAGCUGGUAUACAGAAUAAACUACAUGCAUUGAUUCCUUGCAAGAAAUUUGAUCUCAGCUAUGACUUAAAUUGCCACAAGUUAUGUUCAGAUUUUCAAGAGGAUAUUGUAUUUCAUUUUUCCUUGGGCUGGUCUUCCCUUGCCCAUCGUUUCUUAGGCCCUACAAAUGCGCAGCGGGUGCUUUUAGGAUUAUCAGAGCCUAUCUUUCAGCUCCCCAGAUCUUUAGCUUCUACUCCCACUGCUCCUACCAAUCCAGCAACGCCAGAUAACGCAUCGCAGGAAGAACUCAUGGUUACCUUAAUAACAGCAUUAGCUUCUCUUACAUCUAGAACUUCUAUGGGCGUCAUUGUUGUUGGAGGAGUGAUUUGGAAAACUGUAGGCUGGAAACUCAUAUCUGUUUCAUUAAGUAUGUAUGGAGCUUUGUAUCUUUAUGAAAGGCUGACUUGGACCACCCAUGCCAAGGAGAGAGCCUUUAAACAGCAAUUUGUGAAUUAGGCAACUGAAAAACUGCAAAUGAUUGUGAGCUUCACAAGUGCCAACUGCAGCCAUCAAGUACAACAGGAAAUGGCAACCACUUUUGCUCACCUGUGCCAACAAGUUGAUAUUACACAAAGACAUCUAGAAGAAGAAAUAGCUAGAUUAUCCCAAGAAAUAAAUCAAUUGGAGAAAAUACAAAACAAUUCAAAGCGCUUAAGAAAUAAAGCUGUUCAACUUGAAAAUGAGCUGGAGAAUUUUACUAAGCAUUUUCUACAUUCAAGCAAUGAAGAAGAAUCUUAA